CUCACGGUCAACGGCACUGCCCAUACACUCAGUCCACCCUGGCGGGGACCUCACCAAUGACCUCAUUGAAAACAGGGUCCCAGACAAGCCAGUUGGUCUGAAGGCCGUGGCGCUGACUGACCACAUCAGGGUGUGCUGGCAGCCCCCCGCACAGCACAAUGUGCUGCUGUGCGGCUACACCAUUGCCUGGGACCAAGGCGUGGCGGACAUCUACUCCAAGAUCGUGGACAGCAAGCAGCACGGUUACAUCAUUGAUAAGCUGGAACCCAACAUGGAGUUUGUGAUAAGCCUGCGAGCCUUCAACAACGUGGGUGACGGGCAACCGGUGUACCAGCAAGUCCGCACCCAGCCAGAGGAGGAGGAGGUGGUGGCACCCACGCUGGACCCGGCGGUGUGGGUGAAGGCCGUGGUGCUGACACCCUUCACCGUGGUGCUGCAGUGGGCGGACACCAUGCUGAGCCAGAACCAGUACAACAGCUGCACCACCUUCUCGUCCUCAUCCUCCAGCCGCUACGUCAACGCCACGGAUGUGACCUGCCUCAUUGACAGCCUCACGCCAUCAACAGUGUGUGAGUUUGCUGUGAAGACCAUCAGGGUGAGACCACAGUGCUGGAAGCCUUCGUUCUUCUUUCAGUAAAUAUUCACUCAGUCCUGCAACACUUCUCAAGGAAAUCCUGCACAGCUGAAUCCUUGCUGUGAUGAGGCACAGAGAAAUUAUGACUCAUAGGGCUACGUGAUAUUCCUCACCACGGACCAAACUGUCAGUGACUGGGUGACGGGGGAAGUGACGGGGGACUGGCUCACCCUCACCGUCCAUGGACUGACGCCUUCAAGGAAGUAUUUGCACAAGAUGCACACUCACAAUGUCAAAGGUUUUGGUCCAUUCUCCUCCGUGGAAAGCUUCACGACUUCCAGCUGUUGACAAGAGCAUCGGUGAGCCCCAGGCUGGUGUGUGGAGCGAGAGGCCUGAUUGUGCUGGUGAUCGCUGGCGUGGCAGGAGCCAUGACCAGCUGGGGGCCUUCUUGGCCACCACACUGUACUGCCGCGGGUCAAGGCGGAGCCCAGGCCAAGCAUUGUUCUUGGCAGCAGCUGCAGUGAGAGCAACAAGCCUGGCGUCCAGCCUCCAGACCUGUGGAUCCAUCACGGCCACUUGGAGCUGAAGAACUUUGACAAGGGUGAGCGCAGCAACUCCCCCAACCACGCCUCCAUCAUCCAGCACACAGGUGGGUGUCUUUGUCAGUCAGUGAACAGUGUGCAGCUCAUGGGAGUCCUGUCAUUUGUGUGGUAUUUUUUGUAAUAUUUGGUUGCUGGUGUUUUGUUGCCAGUCACUGCUGCGUUGUAGUGUGCCAGUGACGCCACACACAACCUUACACAACCCACAGACACUCCAGUAUGAGAGUCAUCACACAUUACAGAGUUUCCAUCUAUCUCUAUCCAGACACUCCCUCCUUGCCUGCUCAAAGUUUCUCAAAGAUCUUUCCACCCUCUCCCUAACGUACUCUUGCACCCUAUCCCUCCAUUUCACUGGAGGUCGUCCUCUAGCAUUCCCUCCCUCUAUCUCACUCACAUACACCCUUCUGGUUAUCUUACUCUCCUUCAUUCGCUCCAUGUGGCCAAACCACUUUAA